AUUUACAUCGGCAGGCCGCACAGAACAGGAGAGACAAAAAUCGUUUCUUCUUCGUUGUCCAAUUCCUCACCCUGCAACACAAGCCGCCGGAGCAGUCUAGGAAACGGAAAGUUAGAGCCUUGAAGAGCGGACGAUUGGUUGUUAUGGUGCUUAGGACAAGGGAAUAAAAGAUUUCCUAUACAUUAAAACCAUGGCUGGGGUUGCGAUUGUUUUGGAUCUACUCCGUAAAAAGCCGAGCUCCAGUGGUCAGACCCUCCAUUCUUACGGCGUUCUCUCAGCUCAAGUCGCCGCCUCUGCUGCCGCUGCUUCUAUUGCGGCUACCACUCCUUUUGCUUCUAGGGCCUUCUUCGGAAACAGCGUGGCAUUUUGUGAUGCUGGCACGGGACUCACAGGAGAUUAUAUUUCUAGCUUAGGAAGUGAUUUCGCACCAAUUAACCUCAAUCGUCACUCUUCCAAAGUUUAUUUCGUUGAACAAAAACCGCUUCUUUCUGCAUUUUAUUGGAAAAGUUUUGUCCUCACAUCCUUAAGGGCUUUCCUAUUGAAUUACAUGGCUCUGCUGGAGUCAUGUGUGAAGAUGAAGAAGAUGAAGGACGAUGAAGACGACGAAGAUGAUGACUAUCUUCAAGACUCCCUGGAAGAGAAGCCAGUGGAUUUGAUCACUCCUUUCAAGAGAUCAGUCAGACACAUUUGUCGUGAGACAACAGUUGUGACCACUAGACGAGUGUUGGAGCGAGUUGCUGUCCAUUAUGUUUCACAACGCAUGGCGUGGAAACUCCUCAAAGAUGUUCCCAAGUCAGCUGCUCGCAAGGCAGGACGAAAAAUGCCAACUUUAGUCUACACAUACAGUGUUAGCAGAUCAACUUUCAGAGGUUAUGUCCUAGGAGCUCUUGCAUCGUGGAUUGUCCAAAUUGGGAUAGAUAUAUACGGUCUCUUCAACUCACAGGCUGACAGAGAAGAAAAAGUUAGGCUGUUUGGGAAGAAGGUUUACACCACCACUAUUAGGUGCGGUACAUCUCUUGUUUUUGCUUCCAUUGGUGCUGGAUUAGGCGCUGCUUUCAUUCAUCCCACAGUCGGCCAGUGGAUAGGGUGCGCGGUGGGGGAUGUUGCUGGGCCUUACAUUGUUGCCAUGUCUUUCCAACUCUAGACUAGUCCGCUCCCAUUUCAAUUCUCCGCUGCAUGUGAUAAUAUAUGAUGAUGAUAUUAUCAAUGGAAAUCAAUCAAUUCAUUCCUUGAAUUUUUGGCUUUGGUCUAUCAAGAUGAGGAAGAUUUUACGUGGAUAAUUAUAAUCACCUUGUCAUUAUUAUUAUUAGCAACUCAGGAGAGAUUAUUCUUCAUCUUUGUUUUGCCUUGUGAACAAUUAUAGACCGAAUAAUUUCAUUUUUUUAAUUGACUUAAAUGGAAGAUAGGAGUUGGUACUCUUUCUCCAUCGCUUUAUUCCCACCCACUCUUCUCUUCCAAAUCAUCAGCCUUCUGCUGCCCUACUUUGAUUAUUCAUCAAACAGAUAAGUGAAUUCUGUUUAAUUAUUCCAAACAUCAUUAAUAGGCCUUUUCACUUAUAUUCUGCUCCCCUAGAUAUCAACAGCCUUACUGUUUUAAACCGCAUUUUUAAG